CUUGGGCUCAAAUUCUGGCUCCACCGUUUCCUGGCUGUGUCCCUUUGUGCCAGUGACUUAACCUUUCUAGGUCUUUUGUUCCCUUAUCUGUUAAGCGGAGCAAAAAAAAACACUGCUGUUAGAAUUGAAUAUAUAAAGUGUUUUGAGCAGUGCCUGGUUCAGUAAACAUAAGGAGACCCCGCUCUCCCACAUCCUACCCUUUCACAGGCUCAGACCUCCCUGAGGGUGGCAAGGAAAAGACAUUCUGCCUUAUUCUGUGUUCGGGAAUUGGUUUGACAGUGUAACGUCCUGGCACAGAACUGAGCUCUGGGUUCAAAUUCUCGGCCGACAGACCAACGCCGUGUGACCUGGGCAGUGAUUUCCCUGAGCCCUACCUCCUCAUCUGAAAAACAGGGAUAAUAAUGCUUCUUUGCCCCAGAUGUGUUGUGUUGUUCUUUUUGACCUGAGACAUCAACCAUUUUCAUUGUUUUAUUUUUCUCCGAGGCACCAACUAUAUGUUUCGCUCAUUUAAUCUACUGUCUUACUCCCUCAAAAGAAUUUCUUCCUUCCUAGGGACUUUUUUUUGUUUUUUCUGUGCUAUAUCUCCAAUUUCUAGAUAAGGCUUGUCAGCAGUAGUCGUUGAAUAAAUACUCAUUGAAUGAAUAGAUGGAUGAACUGGCCACUGAGCAUCUGCCAUGUACUGUCCCUGUGCUGGGUGAUACUGGGGACACAGCAGUGACUGAGCCAGCCUGGCCCUGCCCUCACGGGUUUUGCAGUCCAGUGGGAGAAACAGAUCCAUCAUCAGACUUGACCACAGACAAUUGUGCAGUCAGUCCGAAGGGGUCUGCACAAUCGAAUGAAAAUCGGCUCCUUUAAACCCAAGAACAGUUCUGUUUUGAACCGUAUGGAAGGUCCAUAGAUUGUGCCCUGCCCCCUUCCCUCCCGUUUCACUGGGAGGGGCACACCUGCUGGUGGAGGUGCCCCCUACACCAGCGAGGAAGCAGGGCAUAAGGACCAGCCUGGACAUUGCACUGGAGCCCCAGGGUUGGCUGUACUGGGCGGCCGGGCCCCCCUUCUCCCUGCGGUGAGCCCGGACCGGCGCGCUCACUGCGCAGACUCCCCGCUGCAGUGGGCGGAGCCCCCUCGGCCCCCGCCUCCGCCCGCCCGCCCCUGCUCAGCCUGUCGGGGCAGAAGCUGGGGCCCCGUGGAGGUAGCAGCAGCCGCCUGCCGACUUGGAGACCCUGACACACCCACUUUCCCACUGGAAUCUGUAUAACCCCUGGCUGCCCAGCAAGAUGAAGCCUAAACUGAUGUACCAGGAGCUGAAGGUGCCUGCCGAGGAGCCCUCCAACGAGCUACCCAUGAACGAGAUCGAGGCGUGGAAAGCUGCAGAAAAGAAGGCCCGUUGGGUCCUGCUGGUCCUCAUCCUGGCAGUCGUGGGCUUCGGUGCCCUGAUGACUCAGCUGUUUCUAUGGGAAUACGGCGACUUGCAUCUCUUUGGGCCCAACCAGCGCCCAGCCCCCUGCUAUGACCCUUGCGAAGCAGUGCUGGUGGAGAGCAUUCCCGAGGGCCUGGACUUCCCCAAUGCCUCCACGGUCAACCCCUCCACCAGCCAGGCCUGGCUGGGCCUGCUCGCCGGUGCCCACAGCAGCCUGGACAUUGCCUCCUUCUACUGGACCCUCACCAACAACGACACCCACACUCAGGAGCCCUCUGCUCAGCAGGGCGAGGAGGUCCUCCGGCAGCUACAGACCCUGGCACCCCGAGGUGUGAAGGUCCGCAUUGCCGUGAGCAAGCCAAGUGGGCCCCAGCCCCAGGCAGAUCUGCAGGCCCUGCUGCAAAGCGGUGCCCAGGUCCGCACGGUGGACAUGCAGAAGCUGACCCAUGGCGUCCUGCACACCAAGUUCUGGGUGGUAGACCAGACCCACUUCUACCUCGGCAGUGCCAACAUGGACUGGCGUUCCCUGACCCAGGUCAAGGAGCUGGGCGUGGUCAUGUACAACUGCAGUUGCCUAGCUCGAGACCUGACCAAGAUCUUCGAGGCCUACUGGUACCUGGGCCAGGCGGGCAGCUCCAUCCCGUCAACCUGGCCCCGGCCUUAUGACACCCGCUACAAUCAAGAGACACCAAUGGAAAUCUGCCUCAACGGAACCCCUGCUCUGGCCUACCUGGCAAGUGCACCCCCACCACUGUGUCCAAGUGGCCGCACCCCAGACUUGAAAGCCCUGCUCAACGCGGUGGACAAUGCCCGGAGUUUCAUCUACAUCGCGAUCAUGAACUACCUGCCCACCAUGGAGUUCUCCCACCCGCACAGGUUCUGGCCUGCCAUUGACGACGGGCUGCGGCGGGCUGCCUAUGAGCGGGGCGUCAAGGUGCGCCUGCUGGUCAGCUGCUGGGGGCACUCUGAGCCAUCCAUGCGGGCCUUCCUGCUCUCCCUGGCUGCCCUGCGUGACAACCACACCCACUUUGACAUCCAGGUGAAACUCUUUGUGGUCCCUGCGGACGAGGCCCAGGCCCGAGUCCCUUACACUCGCGUCAACCACAACAAGUACAUGGUGACUGAACGUGCCACCUACAUCGGAACCUCCAACUGGUCCGGCAGCUACUUCACCGAGACAGCGGGCACCUCGCUGCUGGUGACGCAGAACGGGCGGGGUGGCCUGCGGAGCCAGCUGGAGGCCGUUUUCCUGAGGGACUGGGACUCCCCUUACAGCCAUGACCUUGACACCUCAGCCGACAGCGUGGGCAACGCCUGUCGCCUGCUCUGAGGCCCGGUCCAGCGGACAGGACAGGCCUGCGAGGCCCCCGCGGGCGCGGGUGUUCCGGGUCUCAAUCCCUGUCCCCGUGCCCCCGCUUCUGUCUGCCCCGUCGUGGCUCCCACAGGCUCCCCCCCUGCUCUCCCGCUUCUACCUCCGCCCCCGCCAGCCUGCUGCUGUGGCCGCAGAGGACCCAGCCAAGCUGGGGGAGGGAUCAGCCCCCGAAGAAGUAGGGGUGCAUGCUGGGCCUGGCCCCCUGGCCCACCCCACUUUCCAGGGCAAAGAGGGCCUGAGGUCAUAAUAAGAAGUAAAUAACUUGUGUGUACAGCCUGUGCCUGACCGAGUGGUGUGAGGUGGGGUGCCGGGUAGGGGACAGCUGGCAUGGGCCUCUGGUGGGGACACCUUCACGCAUGCUGAGCCCUCAGCAUGUGACCAGUGUGGUUUGGUGUGUACUGGACGCUCAGCACAUGGCUGGUGUGUGCUGAGCCCUCAGUGGGUGACCGGCGUGGGCUGGCGUGCGCUGAGCCGUCGGCGCGCACUGCACGUGAGCUGGCGUGUGCUGAGCAUGCGCGUGUGACCUCGAGGGCUGGCAUGAACCGAGCCUCACGUAGCCAGCAUGGCACAGCGUGUGCUGCACGCUCGGCACGUCCCCAGCCAGAUGCGCGCGUGCUGAGCCACCGCCAUAGCCCGAGGGUGGACUCGCACGUCUGGACACGAGAGCAUGUGCCAAGCGUGAAUUUGCAUACACCUGCUGAGUGAACUUACACGUCGCAUGUCCCAAGCAUGGAUGAGUGCAUGCCAAGCCUGUCACGUGUGGCAAAGACAGGUCAACAGACGCUGGGAACCUGGCAUCGGGCAAGCUCAGACUGGCACCUGCUGAGCACCGAGGAUGUUCUGAGGGUGGAUUCCUACGUGCCAGGCACUGAGCGUAUUUAAGGGAUGGGUCCGUGUGCCAAGCACAGUCUCCAGCCUGAGCCAAUGGCUGACUGGGUGCAGCAUUAGAGAGCAGGGCCUGGGUGCCCCCCUGAACCCCACCCCCGUGCCAGGCCAGGCCUCAGGCAGGGAGGACAGGCAUGAGGCAGUACUGCUGAACAGUGCUUUAUUGAAACAAGCAGGCAGCAGGGCCAGUGGGGUGCAGCCCCCUUCCUGCGUCCCUCUGGCCGAGGGGGCCACGGGCCAGACCCCAAAACCCUCCUGUGUUUGGGGUGUGUGUGCAAGGCAUGCACUGUGAGCGGGGCGGGGGGAAUGGGGCAUUUCUGGAUAAUUAUCUUUCUGUAAGAAUAAUUUGUCGGUUCAGGGGAUAGCUCUGAGGAGGGGAUGCCAGCCCCGCUAGCGCAUCACCCAGUGAUGGGCAGGGGUGGAGUCACCAUCAGUGGUGCCCGCCGACGUGCUGCACAAAGCUGGUGGCCCGGGGUGGACCAUGCGGGUGGGUGUGGCGUGGUGGGAGCCCCUGAGCCCGUGGCCCCCCGACGCCCUCCAGGGUCCAGUCUGGCUGACCCAGCCAUUCCCCAGGACAGCUGCUGAGGUCGAAGAACUCAUGGCCUGGCCUCUGUUGGGGAGAAGAGAUGGGCAUCAGCCAGGAAGUGUACCCCACCCCACCCCGGAACAACCACGCUGCCCCUCUUGGACUCCUGAUCCCAGCUGCAUCCUUGUCAAUUCCCGAGGACGAUUUUGUACAUCCUGAACCCUCAUCCCAUUUUGGAGGCUUAAAUGCUGUGUGUUGAGACCUUAA